AUGCGGGGCGCGCUCGAGAGGCUGGCCCGCAUGGCCGGCACGGCGCUCCUGGACGACGCUCCGCGGUCGAUGAUGGCGCUGAGGGCGUCGGGUCCGCUCGCCACGGCGUGCACGCGCGGCCUCCACUGCACCCCGCCCGCGGGGAAUGGCCCCACGGGCGACUGCGGCGCGUACAACUUCGUGGCGCUCAACACCCUCGUGUCCCCGAAAACUACCAAGGAGAAGCGACGCCUCGGGCGCGGCUCGUCGUCGGCGCACGGCGAGUCCAGCGGCCGCGGGAACAAGGGGCAGAAGCACCGAGGCCGCAUGGGGCUCGUUCCGUUCUUCGAGGGCGGGGCCACGCGCACCGUCGAGCGCCUCCCGCGCUCCUCGAAAUACAACACCGACGCGCCGGAGCUCGUGGCCUGCAGGCUGUCGCGGCUCGUGCAGUGGGUGCAGAAGAGCUAUGUCGACCCUGCGAAGCCAAUCACGAUGAAGGUGCUGCGGGACGAGCGCGUGGUGUCGAAGCACGUCAAGGAGGGCGUGAUCCUCGUGAUGGACGACCCCGCGGAGGUCGGGGACCUCUCGGGCGUGCCCCCGCUGCACAUCGAGGUGACGCGUGCCACGGACGCGGCCGCCAGGGCCGUCCGCGCGGCCGGCGGGUCGGUCACGACGGUCUACUACAACAAGCUCGGCCUGUUCGCGAUGCUCAAGCCGCACAACCUCGAGCGCAAGGGCCGGAAACUGCCCCAGCCGGCUCGGCCUCCCCCCAAGCUCAUCACCAAGUUCGACAAGAUCGGCAGCAUCCCCGCGCCGGAAACGCUCGACGAAUUGCCGCAGCUGCGCGCGGGCGACGGCUGGAAGCUCAGGCUGCCCCCCUCCGCGGAGGUCACGCAGCGCUUCCAUAACUACCUCGAGAGGAAAAAGGCGCAGGAGGCCGUCAGCGGCGCGUAG